CUUCCAUGCUACGACUCAAGAAACCCUCUUCGGGGCCAACUCAUUUUGGUGCAUCAAUAUUUUGACACAAACUUUUCCUGUCUCAAACAAAUCGUACUUAAUAUUUAACUGAAAUUAUCAGUGAAAACCCCCAGGAUUCAAAAAGAUCGCUCUUGAGGUGUUGCCGAACUAGGCCUGUUCAGGAUCUCUUGCCACUUGCUUGCCACCUCCAAGGUUGUUGCCGAUGCUGCCUUUAUUUUUCCGACUCAAGAGAACAGGGCUGGUACCGCUGUGGAUUCUGCGCAGAAACCCAUCGGCGGGGCCGUAUCGAUAUCCUUCACCCGUACGGCUCGCCAGUCAGGUGAACAACUCAGCAACCACUCCUCGUCUCCGCUACGAUUCAAUCCUCUCGCAUCUGCUGGCAGGGAUUGUAGGCGGUGGGAUUGUUAUCGGUGCAGGUUACACCUAUUACCACCUAUCUGGUAUUAAAAGGGCUGUAGAUGCUGUCAAACAAGUCAACGAAUAUCUCAGUCAGACAAGAGAGUCUGUUCUCAAACGACAUCCGAAUGAAGCAGUAGAGUACCUUCGCAGAAUCGCGAAGAGUUAUGCUGUCUUCGUACCAGGUUCAGGGUUGGUCAUCGACAGGAUUCUUAACUCUGUCGGAGAAAUAGUAGACGAGCACCAGGAGGAGGCGUCUGAAAUCCUGAUAAGGGCGCAAUCAAAGAUUCAAGAAAUCAUGAAGCACAAGUCGGAGUUGAGUAAUGUGGAGUUGGCUUCUAGGAUUAUGAAGGUGGUGGGCGAUCAUCUGAAUGAAAUAGGUGCUCUGGGCUCUAAAGCAGGUGGCAAACUGCUCGACCCCGUUUGGCUGCACCUUCCUGACAUGACGGUACCUCACGGCAAAGUCGUCGGAUACGUAGGGAGUCUCAAGGAUCUAUCUGGAAAGGCAUGGCCGCGGUUGAAGAAAGAGAAGGAGAGAGAUUCCGAGCCGCGUAAGGAGCACUCGGAUUGACACCAGAGACUUAAUGAAUUUUGUUAUAAUAAUUUUUAUCGGGACCCGGCCACCAUUACAAUGUCCUUCAGACAAGGGGUACAUAGCUUUGAACACAUCUAGUGAACAUUGUAAGGAUGGGCAUUACAGCUGUUUCCAUAAUCGUAGGCCGCUCAGAAAAAAAAUUGACGAUGUAAGUAUAACUUGAUUGAAAUUUGAAAUCCAC